UCGCGAUACUUGGUUUCUUUGUGUGAGGCGGUUGUUCUCGGCCAGUUAGAACCGUAUGGUAGAUUAUCAGUAAAACACAAAAUAUUUGGUUUUGAACUAUUAUCAUUUGAAGAGCAACAUUAAUACUGUCAAGAAAACAGCAUCCUUCACCUGUGCGUCGCUCACAGACACAGUAUUCCACCCAAGACCCUCAGAAGAUCAUCAUGGCACUGAGACGAGGCCCCAUACGGUACCUGAAGGUAUGUGAGGUUCAAGGGCCUCAGGCUGAUGGUCAGAUGACCUCCAAGGGACCAGGCGGAAAGGAGCUGUAUAAUAAUGGAUUCGUGGAGCAGAUGAUGGAGGAUGACGAUGCCCAGACCAACCUGAUUGUGAACUACCUGCCGCAGAGCAUGACUCAGGAUGAGCUGCGCAGUCUGUUCAGCAGUGUUGGAGAGGUGGAGUCGGCUAAACUCAUCCGGGACAAAGUAGCAGGCCACAGUUUAGGUUACGGCUUUGUUAACUUUGUUAACCCUAAUGAUGCAGAGAGGGCUAUCAGUACCCUCAAUGGCCUGAGGCUACAGUCUAAAACUAUCAAGGUGUCGUUUGCUCGGCCCAGCUCAGACACCAUCAAAGAUGCAAACUUGUACAUCAGUGGAUUACCGAGAACACUGGGUCAGCAGGACCUUGAAGACAUGUUUGCUUCUUUUGGGCGCAUCAUCAACUCAAGAGUGCUGGUGGACCAGGCAUCAGGCGAUAUCUGCAAUCCUCCUUCAGGUCUGUCUCGAGGUGUGGCCUUCAUCCGCUUUGAUAAGCGCUCAGAAGCAGAGGAUGCCGUCAAACACCUCAAUGGACACACCCCUCCUGGAGGCUCUGAGCCAAUAACGGUCAAGUUUGCCGUCAACCCCAAUCAGGCCAGGAACUCCCAGAUGAUGUCACAGAUGUACCACGGCCAAUCCCGGCGCUUCGGAGGCCCCGUGCAUCACCAGACGCAGAGGUUCAGGUUCUCUCCAAUGAGCACGGACCACAUGGGCAACGGGGGCGGGGCCUCUGGAAACGCUUCCUCCGGUUGGUGCAUCUUCAUCUAUAACCUGACCCAGGAUGCAGAUGAGGGCAUGCUGUGGCAGAUGUUUGGGCCUUUCGGUGCUGUCGUCAACGUGAAAGUCAUACGAGAUUUCAACACCAACAAGUGCAAAGGCUUUGGCUUUGUUACCAUGACGAAUUACGAGGAGGCUGCCAUGGCGAUCCAUAGCUUAAAUGGGUACCGCAUGGGGGACAAAGUCCUGCAGGUCUCCUUCAAAACCAGCAAGGGACACAAGUAGAGAGGUGGUUGUUGUGUUUGCAGAUUUUUUUAAGUUUCAUUACCUUCUGCGUCGUUUUGUGUCGGUGGGAAGUCUUCAGCUGCUCACUGGUCGCUCACUUUUCUCCAAGCAUGGACAUCCUUCCUGUAACACGAGGGUCUCUGAGAAGAGAUGUUAGUCCAGAGACCCCAGCCGGAUGACCGACCCAUCUGGUUGUUGUUGGACUUGGUUUGCUAAAUAUGAAAAACACACCUGCUUUUGUUUUAUGUACAUGUGUCGUUGAAGGUACAUGUGUGUAAUUUCAGUUUCCAACACCGUAAGUCGGUGAACGUCACGUCAUAAUAAAGUUCCCUCCCCCACACUAACCUCAGAUUUUGUCAGAAAUGUAGACACUUGUGGAAAAAGGUUGUAUUUGAUUUCAAAUUCCUGUAUUUAAUCUCACCAUUUUCAGACUCCUUUCUGGAAAAAACAAAGUUUUGUUUGUUUAUUUAGUUUCUGCAUUAAAAGCUAUUCCUGAUAGAACUUGUUUCAAAACGGUAGACUGCUGGAACUUCAUUUCUGCUUCUGUGACUUUUAGAUUUGAAGCUGAAACGUGUAAAUAAGCAAAGGGAAUGUUGAUUAACAUUUCAAUUUUUACUAAAGGUUUCUAGUCCUAAAAGUAAUCUCUCAUACAAUUGCAAUAAUCAUUCCUAAUCUGUUUUUUGUUAAUUUACAGCCAGUUAAAAAUAAAUCUCGGUAGAAGCAGAAAACGU